AUGGCAAGUGCAUCAGAGAAGAGUGGUGUGAAGCAGCGCUAUGCCCCGCGCCAGGCUAAGACGUACUCGAAAGACGACAUGUUUCAGUACAAUGUACCUGACCUGACUGUCCAAGAUCUUCUAAGUUCUAUCCCUGCCCAUUGCUUCAAGCGCUCGACCUUGUAUUCGUCGAUGUACUUGGCCGUUGACCUCAUCCAAGCUUCCUUGCUUUUCUACGCCGCCUCUUGGAUUAAUCCCGCGGUGUCGAAGCUGGAUGUAGCGGCCCCCUUCUUGUCGCUGGAGGCAACCCACAAUAUAGCAUCCUUCGGUCUGUGGACUUUGUACUCGGUUCUGCAGGGAAUGGUGUUUACAGGUUUGUGGGUUGUUGCCCAUGAGUGUGGUCAUCAGGCCUACAGCCCUAGCAAGACUAUCAACAACUCAGUGGGCUGGGUCCUUCACUCUGCUCUUCUGGUUCCGUAUCACUCUUGGCGCAUUUCUCAUGCUCGCCAUCAUGCUGGCACGGGUCAUAUGAAGCGCGAUGAGGUUUUUGUUCCCCGGACGAGGCCUGAGCGUGGACUCCUGCCUUUGCGCCCGGCCGAUGACAAUGGCCCUCUUGUGACCGAGGACACUACAUGGGGUGAAUGGAUUGCCGAACUGCUCGAAGAUUCACCACUGUUCAACCUUGUCGAGUUGUUGAUCCAGCAGCUGCUGGGUUGGCCACUCUAUCUUCUUUUCAAUGUGUCAGGCCAGACCCAUUUCCCGAAAUACACCAGUCACUUCUCGCCAAAUUCAGUUAUUUUUGACAAGCGUCAUCGUGGCCAGGUCAUCGUGUCUGAUAUUGGAAUUGCGCUUAUGUUUGUGGUACUGGGCCUCUGGGCUCAUAUGGCACCUGGUGGCUGGAUGGAUGUCUUCAAGUACUACGUCGUGCCAUACCUUUGGACCAACCACUGGCUCGUUAUGAUCACCUAUCUCCAGCAUACGGAUGCCAGGUUGCCUCACUACGAGGCUUCUAUGUGGAACUUCCCUCGUGGUGCGCUGUGUACUAUCGAUCGCGAGUGGCUCGGCUUUGUCGGCCCAUGGUUCUUCCAUGGAAUUGCUGAGACCCACGUUGUACACCAUGUCAGCAGCAAGAUCCCCCACUACAAUGCUUGGGAGGCCACAGAGGCACUCAAAGCUCGUAUUGGACCUCACUACAUGAAAUCGACGGAGAACGUGUUUGUGACGUUAUGGAAGACUAUCCGUACGUGCCGGUUCGUCGAGAAGGAACCUAUUGCAUUUUAUCGCAAUGCAGAUGGCGUUCCUCAGAGUUUUGCUGUGAUUUCCACGUCCACAGACUCUGGCGUAAGCAUUUGA